AUGGGCUCACCCAAAACCGUCAAGGAUGCACAAAAACUCACAGGAAGGAUAGCAGCUUUAAACAGGUUCGUCUCUAGGGCCACAGACAAAUGCUUGCCCUUCUUUAAAACCCUGAAGCAGGCUUUUGCUUGGACCGACGAGUGUGAAGCGGCGUUCCAAGAGUUGAAGCAAUACCUGAGCAGUCCACCUCUCCUAAGCCCGUCCAAGGAAGGAGAAAACCUAUACCUGUACCUGGCGGUGUCAGCCUCGGCAGUAAGUGCAGCUUUGAUUAGAGAAGAAGGCAAGAAGCAACUCCCGGUUUACUACGUCAGCCAAGCCUUUCAAGGAGCUGAGUUCAUAUACCCAAGGAUCGAAAAAAUUGUGUUUCCACUAAUAGUAGCCUCGCGCAAGCUCAGGCAAUAUUUCCAGUCGAAUCCUAUCCUUGUGAUGACGGAUCAACCAAUCGAGAAAUCAAUGAACAAACCAGAAGCAGCAGGGAGAAUGGUCCAGUGGGCGAUUGAACUUAGCCAAUUUGACAUCGAGUACCAUCCAAGAACAACUAUCAAGGCGCAAGCUCUGGCCGACUUCAUCGCUGAAUUCACUCUUCCAGACGAAGAUGGAAUUACUGACGGAGUUGAUAAAUGGACAAUACAGACAGAUGGUUCGUCAGCCCGAAAGAAGGGGGGAGUAGGGGUCGUCAUAACCACCCCCGACGGAGAAGUGAUGAAAUAUGGGGUUCAACUAAAAUUUCCAGCCAUCAAUAACGAAGCCGAGUACGAAGGAAUAUUGACGGGUCUGAGGCUUGGGAAAGCUCUUGGUGCCAGAAACUUGUUGAUCCAGAGUGAUUCAAAGCUGGUAAUCAGACAGAUCAGUGGAGAGUACGAGGCAAAGGAAGAAAGGAUGCAGAAAUACCUAAAACUGACAAGGCAGUUAACUCAAGAGUUCGACAUAGUGGAGUUCGUACAGAUCCCAAGAAGCCAGAAUAUUGGGGCCGACGAAGUAUCAAAGCUAGCGUCAUCAGAAGAAGGAAGGACGAGCAUGGACUUGGCAAUAGAGGUCCAUAAACAUCCUAGUAUUGAAGAGGUUGCGGUGUUCACCAUCCAGAGCACAGACACCUGGAUGACGCCCAUAAUAUCCUUCCUCCAGCAUGGGCACCUACCUCAGAACACUGACGAAGCUAGAAAGAUCAAGAAGAGAGCAACCAGGUUCACAAUCCUGAAUGACGUCUUGUAUAAGAGAGGCUUCUCUAUGCCUUAUUUAAAGUGCGUCGACGAGGAAGAGGCCAAAUACAUCCUAGAAGAAGUACACGGAGGAAUCUGUGGCGACCAUACCGACUCCAGAUCCCUGGUCAACAAGGUGAUAAGAGUAGGGUAUUUUUGGCCAACCAUGCAGGUGGACGCUGCUGAUAUCGUCAAAAGGUGA